UUUGAAAAGCGGUCAUAUGGUAUAAGUAUUGUGUUACAAGCUGUAUCAGCUUUGGCUGAAACUCGGGCGUCAUAUCCAUCUCGUCCAAGACUCAACAGUCUCUCCAGUUCGACAUGGCGACCGAAAAACAAGCACUCGUCCUCAUUGAUCCUUUGAAUGACUUCAUUCACCCCGAGGGCAAGCUGUACCCUGCGGUACAGGACAGUCUGACCAAGACGAACACCGUCGAGAACCUCAGAAGGCUUGCUCAUGGUGCAAGAGAGAAAGGUAUUCCCAUCUACUACGGUCUCCAUCAGCAGUACAAAGAAGGCAACUACGACGGGUGGAAGCAUGCCAAACAAAAUCAUGAACGGAGUAAGCAGAGUCAAGCAUUCGCGGGAUGGGGAGGCGAGAUCCUGGAAGGAUAUGAGCCGCAAUUGAGUAACGGAGAUGUUGUUGUGUCCAGGCAUUGGAAUAGCAGCUCCUUCAGGAAUACCGACCUCGACUACCAGCUGCGCCAGCAGCGCGAUAUAACGCACCUCACCUUUGCCGGCCUAGUGACCAAUACUUGCGUCGAGUCCACUGCCCGAGAGGCUGUUGAGCUGGGAUACAAGGUCACUCUGAUCUCAGAUGCCACUGCGGGAUUCAGCCAGGCACUGAAAGAGGCUGCCACUGAUGUCAUCUGGCCCACGAUUUACGUCGACGAGGUCUUGAAGACUGAGGAGUGGGUGGCACACCUAAAGAAAGUGUAAGCGUGUGAGUGCGACGUGUACCACAGGAUGGGUGGUUCGAGGCCGCUUAUGUUGUGAUAUGCCGCUUGUUGCUGCCUUUGGCAGACGUUACGCUCCUUCGCGUUGCCAUUCAUUACAUUUUGAAAGCAAGACACUUCUACAAGAGCUGUUCCCUUUGUAAGCGUGCCCAGGAAUCCAUAGCCAUGCUUGAAGCUUCUUGCGCGCUUAGCCAUCCUGUCACGCUAUCAACGCUGUGUUCGAUGCCGUGCCCAUGAUAAGCAUCAUUCGUGGCCAACAGCCCAGAGUCGACAUGCUCCAGAAGCGAGCCUGCUUCAUGAACCAGCUUUGACAAUCUGGCAUUCUGUCUGCAUCUGGGACUGGCUAUGAGAAUCGUCCAUCAAAUGCUUCCCCGCCUUCGAGCGACGCUCUGCAGG